AUGCCAACGGCGAUUAACUUUAUGUAUCGUUGUAAUUUCAGCUUCACGUUAUUCAAGAAACUGGUAAGUAAGCAUGGUCACAAAAAUACGGAGAACUUUCAGGUGGAGGACGAGGAAUUCUUUAACGAACACGCACACACGAUCGAGAAGACCGAUACGAAGCUUAAUGGCAAUAAGUUAGCAUAUAAGUAUGCCGGGUCUAGAGCGCUACAGGAAGAAAAGCUAGCGGAAUGGAAACACAAACUGGCAGCGACACAGUUAGCAACGGACGAAGAGGAUGCGAAAGCUAGUUUGUCCGAUCGAAAAUUUUAA